AUGGUUCUCACUUUUAUUCCUGUGGCUCACGAGCUCUUCUUGUGGAGAUUCUGGCUUUCCGAUAGGUACGCAGUAUUCACCGCACCCAUCAUAAAGCCAUGUUCAUGGGCAAAGCGCGACAGUGAUCCCAACAAGCAUUCGCUUGAUGACCACCGAGUCCAUAUUUAUGAUGUUUACGAUAACGAACUUUCAGAGACGCGCCGAACCCCAGAACAGUCCAGGACUGUCUUCCAAGAAUUCGACACUGGCACUUUGGAUGACAGCUGUCGCACCGCAUUGCGCACCGCCGAGCUAGCGUUUACACGUCUGGAAUCGGAGGCGGAACGUGUUCUUGACGAGUUGAUAUCCAAGAUACGUGCUCCAGAGGAUGCCAGUGGGUAUGCGAAGCGGGAGAUAGCAAUCCCUCGCCGGUCCCUCAACGUGAUACGCAAGUUCUUUGUCUUCCUGCGGUACCGAAACAGCGAUGAGUAUGCCGCGCAUAUAGCCAGCCUCGAUCGGCGCGUGAGAACCGAUGUGGGGAGUGUAGUCUCGAGGCCGCAUGGGUGGCACCGAAUUCGGAGACAAGCUCUGCUGGGAAGCUUUCAUGCUUUUCUUCAACACCAACCAACAGACAACCGAGGGCAUGAACGUUUUGAUGGCUUGGAUUGUUGGCGUUUUCGCAAUGCUGAGAUAUGUUUCGGCCUCGCAUCCGAGGGCCAGCAGUAUCUACUCCCAGAUACAUGCUUUGGCGUACUGGAUGAGGAGUUUGGUGGCAACCCAAAUUGCGAACAUCUAUUUUUCCCAGUAAUGCCAACUUUAGCUCUGUAUAUCUUAGGAAGUCAGGACGACGAUGCUACAUUGAGUUGUCCAGCUAAUAUAGAAACUGGUGUCGUGUGGGUUGACUGUGGCCUUGAAGGACCAAGCGAUAUCCAUUUGCGUAAUGCAGUUGUACUCCAAAGUUACCCUAAACGGCUUUACUUUUCGUCUCUAUACUCCAUCACGCAGUCGAUAUCCUCUUAUGAUCAAUUUCGUACGAACUCUGAGCGUAUGGACUACAGCAGGCUGAAGCAACGCUCCCGACAGAAGUAUACCUUGGAGCAAGUGACGAAAACGCUCGUUGUGAAAGGGUCCAUUCUACUAGUGGAUCUGUCGGAAGAGGUCGUUCGUGUAGGGGAUUCAGCUGUAUCGCAUGGCUCCUUCUCAGAUGUCUGGAAGGGCGUGUGGACGAACUAUGCAACUGACGAAGCCCGUCCAGUCGCUCUCAAGUUUCUACGACGGUACAUGGCAAACGAUGUCAGAGAGAAAGUCUUGCGGCGAUUGAAAAGCGAGAUCGUGGCUUGGCAUAGAUUGCAUCACCCGAACAUUGCUCAACUCUUUGGUGCUAUUCAAUCGAUGAACACAAUAGCCAUGGUCUCUCCUUGGUGCAACAACGGUACUAUCAUUCAUUAUCUGGAGAAAGUUAAUCCACACGCAGAUCGGCUUGCAUUGCUGCUUCAGAUAGCAUCAGGCGUAGGCUAUCUCCACAACUGCAAGCCAAUCGUCGUUCACGGUGAUCUCAAAGGGUCAAACAUCUUGAUCGACGACACAGGUAACCCCCUUAUCACGGAUUUUGGUUUGAGCAAUGUGGUUGAAGAGCUUUGUGAUUCCAUCAAUCUCGGAACGUCGCUGUUUGCCGGAUCGACGCGUUACAUGGCACCAGAGCUCGUCCUUGCACUAGUAGAGGACGAUGGUAUACCACCACCCAUCACCACAGCUAGUGACGUGUACGCGUUCGCCUGUGUCUGUCUCGAGGUAGCCACAGGUCAAGUACCAUAUCCCCACCGAAGCAACGACCAUGCAGUGACAGUUGACAUCAUGCGUGGCGUGAAACCAUCUCGCGGAUCUUCGUCCUUUCUCCAAAUCAAAGAUCACGAUGCCUUUGGCGACUUGCUCGAUCGGUGUUGGGAUGCUGAUUGGUAUAUGCGGCCGAGUAUGACGGAGGUGACUGAGCUGCUGAGAGGUAUUGCUGGAUCGCAUUCGUGA